AUGUCACCAGCAUACUCGCCCAAGAAUACAGCAACAUGUCACCAGCAUACUCACCCAAGAAUACAGCAUCACAUCACCAGUGUACUCACCCAAGAAUACAGCAACAUGUCACCAGCAUACUCGCCCAAGAAUACAGCAACAUGUCACCAGCAUACUCACCCAAGAAUACAGCAUCACAUCACCAGUGUACUCACCCAAGAAUACAGCAACCUGUCACCAGUAUACUCACCCAAGAAUACAGCAACCUGUCACCAGCGUACUCGCCCAAGAAUACAGCAACAUGUCACCAGCGUACUCACCCAAGAAUACAGCAUCGUGUCACCAGCGUACUCACCUGCAGAAAUCCUUGAGGAGAUGAUCUACCGAGAUAAGAAUCAGAAGAGCCCUCAAGAGCCUUGGAGCCGCCCCGUCUGUGCCGCCCUGAGACUGUGGCCCCGAAAGCUCCUCUCCCCGGCCACAGAGCUGAGGGUCCGACAGCGGCCCCAGGAGCCCCCAGAGCCGCAACCCCACCCGGACCCCAGGGACCGCGCAGUCCCUGGAGAUCCAGAGGAAAAGGAGAAACCCAGGCUGCCCCGGGGGCUUCAGGCUGGCAUGGGGAGGGGGAGGACGUGGGCCCUGCCCAGGUGGAUGCUGGAGGAACCAACUGCAGGAGGCACCGCCAAGCAGUAUUUAUUUUUUUCAGCUAUGUCUUCUCAUAUCACCCAAGACUUUUUGCCAGAGCAGGGCAUACAAGAUGCGUUCCCAAAAUCAAUAUGGAGAGGAUGUGGAAAUUGUGGCCUUGACAAUUUCCACUGGAGGAAAGACUGGGGAAAUGUAGAUGAGUGUAAAUUGCAGAAAGAAGAUUACAAUAGACUUAAGCAAUGUUCAUCAACUACCCAUAGCAAAAUCUUUCGAUGUAAUAAAUGUGUUAUAUUUAACAAUUCUUCAAAUUUAAAUAGAUAUAAUAUAAUUCAUGCUGGACAGAAGCCUUUCAAAUGCAAAGAAUGUGGUAAAUCCUUUCAAAUGUUCUCAUUCUUAACUGAACAUCAGAAAUUCACACUGGAAAAAAAUUCCACAAAAUGUAAAGAAUGUGGCAAAACCUUUAACCAAUGCUCACACUUUACUGAACGUGAGAACAUUUGCACUAGAGAGAAACCUUACAAAUGUCAAGAAUGUGACAAGGUUUUUAAAACUUGCUCAGUCCUUCCUAAAAACAGAAUUUACACCGCAGGGGAACAUUACAAAUGUGAAGAAUUUGGCAAAGCCUUUAAACAGCUGUCCCACCUUACUGGUCGUAAGGAACACGGUGCUGUGGAAAAAUUUCACAAAUGUGAAGAGUGCGACAAUGUCUUUCUCUCUUGCUCAAGGCUUUCUAAUCAUCAGAUGAUUCUUGCUGGAGAGAAGCUCUCCAAAUGUGAAAAAUUGCACAAUCCAAGUCUUUCCAAACAUCAGAGAAAUGAGAUUGGAGGGAAACCUUUCAAAUGUGAGGAAUGUGACAGCAUCUUCGAAUGGUGCUCAGACCUUACUAAACAUAAGAGGAUUCACACUGGUGAGAAACCCUACAAAUGUGAAGAAUGUGGGAAAGCCUAUAUGCAGUCCUCACACCUCAGUGAACACAGGAGGAUUCACACCGGAGAGAAACCCUACCAGUGUGAAGAAUGUGGGAAAGUCUUCAGAACUUGCUCAAGCCUUUCUAAUCACAAGAGAACUCAUUCUGAAGAAAAAUCCUACACGUGUGAAGAAUGUGGCAACAUCUUUUUUUUUUUUUUGAGACAGAAUAUUGCCAAACAUAAGAAAACCCAUACUGGAGAGAAACCCUACAAAUGUGAAGAGUGUGGAAAGAACUUUACCCAGUCCUCAAACCUUAUUGUACAUAAGAGAAUUCAUACUGGAGAGAAACCCUACAAGUGUGAAGAGUGUGGCAAAGCCUUUACCCAGUUCUCACACCUGACUCAAAGAUGCCACACAGGGCGGCGGUUGGACCUGUCCUACCCAGGCGGCUUCCGUCAGAGAGUGCCAGAGUUCGCGGGGAAGCACGCGCUGGCAGGAGGUCAAAACCACAUGCAUUGGAUUCCAGCCUCUUUUUAA